GCUGGGGCCAGAAAGGAGAAAGAGAAACAUGGAUUUUAAGGUGGGAUUAAAAAAGAGUACAAGCAACACUGCCAUAUGUGGGGCAAAAGCCCGGGCUGUCUGGUGAGGGUAACUGUACCGCUUUCCCCAGAGCUGUUCGGGUUUAACACCCUCAGUGCACUUCCAAAGCCCCAAAUGGGAGGACAGACCCAGAAAACAUGCCCACCAAGGCAAUGCUCAAAGAACUGGGCAGGUUCCAUCAGGCCAAGCAGGAGGCAUGCGUGCGAGCGGCAGUGGGACUCCGACACGCAGCAGGCUCGGGGAAGCAGGAGAGUUUCCGGGUCAUGAAUGAAGACUCCAGCCAGCUGAUUUUCAUAGAUAAGGUAGACAAGAACAUUCAGGAGGGCUGCUUCACAUUCAAUGGCAUCUUUAGUCUGGACACAGGGCAGGACGAGAUGUUCUUGGAGCUUGUGAGACCCCUGCUGGCCAUGGUGCCCCUUGGUUACAGCGUGUCCCUGCUGCUGUGGGAGGCCCAUUGCGCUGGCACCAAGCUGCAGCCUCAGGGCACUGAGCAGCACCACAGCAUCAUCCAGCAGGUGAUAGAAACCGUCUUCCAGGAUCCCAAGCUCCCAGGGGAUGGCAGGGAGCAACUGCAAACUGUCAGCUUUGUCCAGCUUUGUGCAGACGGAAAUGCCCGGGACCUCCUCAGCCCCAGAAAUCAAGCCUUGCCCGUGCUGGACGUCCCCCCGCUGGGUCUGAUGGUGGAAGAAGCAAGUGAAAUUGUUGUGUCCAACUCUACAGCUGCCUACAGCUUCUAUGUGAGGGGGCUGGAAGACAGUCCAGCACCAUCCCAAGGGUGUUCGCAGAAGUCCCAGGUGGAGCAGCAUGCAGCCAUGUGCGCCAGCCUGUUCAUCCUCACCGUGGAGCAAGAGCUGGAGGGCAGCAGGCGCCAACGCUCGGCUGUCAGGAUUUUGGAGUUCUGCCAAGGGGCCGGGCCCUGUGUGGAGCCUCCCUCACCCCUGCUCCAAGCUCUGGCUCCUGGUGAGCUCCCGGACGAUGCCGGAUUCCUCCCCUGGAUUCUUAAGCGGGUGCUAGAAGGAAACAACCUCACGUUUCUGCUGCUGUGUUUGACUCUGCCAGAUGCCUCUGGAGAAGAGAUCCUGUCAGCCCUCUCGCUGGCUGAGCAGGUGAGGGGACUAGCCAAGAAGGUCUCACCAACCCACUGGGAUCCUGCCAAAGCAGCUUGGAGGCAGAGGGCAGAGAUCCGAGAGCUGAGGGCCCAGCUUCUCUCCAGCAGCUGCCGCACAGUGCAGGAGAGUGUGAUCAGCCAGCUGAGGAGAGUGCUGAGGGACCUGCAGGUGCUGAAGAACCAGAGCUGGGAGAAAAAGAAAGAGAUGUCAGAGGCAUUUGAAGGAAGUGGGAGCCGUCAUCCUGAAGCCAAGGGUCAAAUUCCAUUGUGGCCGGGCAGGGAUGAUCAGCUUACAAACCAGGUGCUGACAGAUAUGCUGAGAAGCCAAGAGUUCCUGGACAGAGGCAACCCCAAGCCAGAUGGAGCCGUACCAGAGUUUGUUCCCCUCUGUAAUGACAAAGGAGGCGAAGCUGCCAGAAGUAGCUUCAGGUGGUUUGGCCGAAUCCCCCCAAGCAUGGGAGCAGUGACAGGGGAGAAGCCUUUGCAAAGUGGAGCCAGCAGAACACAGGAACCAACCAGCACUGCUAGUGUGACCGGAACGGUGGGGAGCUGGGCCUCUCAGCAGCACCCAGCCCUGGAGCUGCAGUUUGCAGAGGCCAAGGCCAGGAGGCAGCGUCUGCGGGAGCAGCACCAGCAGCUCAUCCAGCAGGAACUGCUGAAGCUGGAGGAGGAGCUAGCAGGGAACCAGGAGGUGUUUCGGGCCUAUCGGGGUCUCUCGGAGGAGCAGACUGAUGCACUGGAUCAACAGUACCGGAAGCUGUUGCAGGAGGCCCUCCAGGAUGCCAUCUCCCUGUCUGCGCAGAACCAGCAGCUCCGGGCACACAGCCAGCUGGGCUGCACUGAUCACACCACGCAGACAGACCCACACUGCGCGCAGUGAGCUGUGCCAUGCCUGGGGGGGUGAACACUGGAGAUUUUGGGGGGAAGGGGACAGGGGGCGAUGCCUGCCAGUCAUUCCAGGGAAAAGGUGCAGUUUGAGUAGCCCCUGGGCCAGCCUUUCUUACAGCACCAGGCAGGUGUUAUGGUGUUUUAGCAGGUCUCUGAGCAGCUGGGGAGCUCUUUACCGGCACCUGCUGAAUUGGGGAGUUGUCUGUGUGCAAUGGCAGACUGGCCCUGGGAGGUUAUGGGGGACUGAGCAGGCAAUGUGUGAACACAUGGCUAGCUCAAUACAGCACCUUUCCCACCCUCCCCCAACUGGGCUGGGAGAGCGCACAGCUUCAGCAAAUGUAGGUUUAUAAAGCUACAACUCCCACCAGCUUGUAGGCUCUCAGUGGGAAAAGCAACCCCACCCCACCCCCAUGUGUGACCCUGGCCCCAGCUCCUUUCCACAGCAAUGGGACAAAGCGUAACAGGGGCUUGGAGCCCAGUGCAGAACUUGGCAGCUGCUCUCAAUUGUUAGGGAUGAUACCACUGUGGUCCAGCUUCACAUGCCCAGAAAUCACAACAGUGGAAGCAGCUGCACAAGUCAGCAAGGAACCUGGCCCUGGCUCCAGCCCAAGGGCUGUCAGGAGCUGUUAACGCACACAGUGCAGUGCGCAGAGUCCAGCCACAGGCCUGUUCCUCCGGACCUGAGGAAUGUCUCCCUGCAGCAGGGGCCAGAGGAUAAGGCCAAUACGUCUCCAUAGGACCUGGCAUUAGGCAUCUGAGGGAAGGGCUGGCAUGCAGGGCUGUUAAGCCCCCAGCUCCCGCAGUCUUUCAGAGCAGGGGCCCCAGCACUGCCGCAUACCCAGCCACGCCAGUAAGUGUCCCAAUCAGGAGUUAAGGGACUAGCUGAAGGCUCCCAAAGUAGACUAUUUAGGCCACCAUGAUCUAAUAGAGCCUCAACCCCCCCCCCAUCCCCAUGUGUGAAAACUAGCCCCAUUACCCUCACUGAUCCUGAUGCAUGUGCAGCCUGCCUGGCCUAGCCCCUGAGAGCAGCCAUCCAUCCUGUUCAUUGAAGAUGCUGCAAAAGGUGCACCCACUGCACUGGAACAGGCCUAGCCUGAGCAUCCACCACAGCCCAGCCAGUCCCUGCUGGCCUGGGCCAAGCCCCAGGCAGGAGCCCGUUACAGCCUGGGGAAAGGCUGCCGUAUAGACAGCAGCUAAGUGGGUUGAAGCCUCGGCCACCCCAGGGCUCUGCCAUCAGGUCCCAGCCACACUACAGCUUUUAACUAAAGUGUAAAUGAAUCCCCCAGAGCAAAGGUUCUCUCUGCACCCCUGCAGAAAGACUGAACAAAGCCCCAAGUCCCUCUUUCCAGGGGGCUGGGGCAUGUCAGCGGUGUGGAGAAUUGUGCUCCCAUAGGGCUGGCAAGCACUGCUGAAAUACUGUGGGAAAUGAACUGCACGAGACAACUGGACCAGGAACUCAGGGCAGGUCUCUCAUUCCCUCGGGUUGCUGCCAGUGGUAAUAAACCAAUGAGAUUCUCAACAAACAGUGUAUUCAAAGGUUCCAAUAGGAUGCUGCGCUCCACUGAGGAAGAGCCCUUCGCUCCAAUGCAGUGAGACACUCACAUUAAAAUGUCAGACUAGGGACUGGGCAUUGGCCUGUUUGGUCCGACCAGUCUCCCUGCCAGCAAGAGGAUAGGAAUGAGACAGUCACAGGGGCUGGGAAAGUGCAGGUUUUAAUACUACAGCCAGUGCCAGGGUAGGCGUUGCUGUUUGGCGCACUGGGGGUGACAGGAAUUGAAUGUUGGCAAACCUAAGUUGGUACAAAUCCAGAUACAAACCCAUAAUUUAUACAGGCUAAAUAGUCACUAUGCUCUCAGAAACGCGCACUGCUGCCUCAGCUGACAAGCAGGGCAACAGCCCUAUACAGCUGCACUGCUCCCAUGAGGACUCCAGGAGGAAUGGCUGCCCCUUGCCCUGCCCCAGCCUGGCACUGCAAGCCUGGGACUGACACAGUGGGAAAUGGACAAUUCAAUUCAUGAGAUGAGGCACAGCUUCCCUGAGGUAGGGAGUUUGGGCUGCCCAGCACAGAUUCUGCCCAACUGCAUGCUAGGAAGCACAACACUCCAGAGCAGACCAAGUUGGAGCUGGCAGGGGUGUGGAAUGUAGUGAGACCCGUCCUGGGACGCAGCAGGUGCAUGUGGUGGCUUCUGCAUGUUGAAGGGCAGAUGCAUUGGAGAGGAAAGCACGGUCAGCGGAAAGGUGUAGGGGGAAAGCAGUGCAAGACCACAUGGGUCAGCCCAAAGCUCCAGCCCUGCCGCUCAGAGUGCACUUUUAUUGCAUUUCUAGGCUAGGGAGGAAGCAUUAGCCCCUGUUCAGACACGCUACUCUAGAGACAGCUGAAUCCCUUGCCCAAUACAUGCAGACCCCUACUGAGGUUUGCUACUGGGAAUGGCAGAGCAAAAAGCUCUCCCCUGCCAAGCCAAUUGCUCAGGCUCCUGCACUGGCUGGCACAAAGCAGAGAGCUGCCUUCCUCCCAUCCUGUCAGUCACUUGUAAAGGGUUUAGUCAUUUAUAGAAAAACUCAGAGCUUGGCAAGGACAAUUUUCAAGGAGGCAGGUCUCUACCACCAGGCUGACAACUGGCAGCUGGGCUGCCUGCCUGAGCAGAUGCCAAAAACAGACUGGACUAUUGAGACUGAACAGAGAUGGAGUUCCUCAAGGUGGGCCACUGGCACGUGUUGGGGAAGCUGGGACUGCCAGGCCUGCAACUGUUCUGUGGCUAGAGAGAGGGGUCAGUCUGCAGGGCUGCCAAACCAGGCCCUGCCCCAGCACUGCAGUCAUCCCCGUCUUCAAUUCUGGGCAUCUUAAUGAUUCCACCCAUUUUAUUUUGGAAGUUUCCUUUUCCUCUUUCCCAAUCAACAGGGAACUCCUCUAGCCUUCAAGCCACCACCCCAACUCCUGCAGCGCCAUCACAGCUGACAGCUCAGCUAACACUCAACAGUAGCUGCUUUCAUGCUGAAGAUACAGAUCUCUGCUUCAAUCCAAAGUUGAAAGAGGGGAAGCAGGAGUUAGCUGUGGGCAUUGGGUACAUGCUAGCGACAGAUUCACCUGAUGGGCUCUAGCUGGGGCCUCAGUGACCAGGGCUAAGCUCUG